AAGAGUGAAAAGACCAAGUUUAAAGGGCGUGCGUUUUCAUGUGAGAUGCACAUGCGAGAAGGGGAGAGAGAGAGAAGAGAGGAAGAGGCACGAAUUAGCGAAAGAAGAGUCUCUGUCUCCCCUCCCCUUUUGAACUCUUGGAAGUUCUAGAGGGAAGGGGCAAUGGAGGAGAAAAAGCAAAUUGAAUUCCCGGCAGUUCCGAGACGGAGAGUUCUGCUACAAUGGUGCCCCCUGCUUUUCAUGUUUGUGAUAUUUGCCAACGCUCGAGCCUUUGAUUACAGAGAUGCGCUCACCAAAAGCUUGCUCUACUUUGAGUCUCAACGUUCGGGGCGAUUGCCACACAAUCAGCGGGUUACCUGGCGGGACCAUUCCGGCCUCAUCGACGGCUUAGAACAAGGAGUGGACUUAGUCGGGGGGUACUACGACGCCGGUGACCACGUCAAGUUCGGACUUCCGAUGGCAUUUACAAUAACAAUGCUGUCGUGGAGCGUCAUAGAAUACGGCAAGCAGAUCGCCGCAGCCGGGGAGUACGAGCACGCACUCGAGGCGAUCAAAUGGGGAACCGAUUAUUUUAUUAAAGCCCACACUAACCCACAUGUUUUAUGGGGCGAGGUUGGGGACGGGGACACCGAUCACUACUGUUGGCAACGGCCGGAGGAUAUGACGACGUCACGACAAGCUUACAAGAUAGACGAGAAAAAUCCAGGAUCCGAUCUGGCCGGGGAAACAGCGGCAGCCAUGGCCGCCGCAUCCAUCGUAUUCCGGAAAUCUAACCCACAUUACUCUCACCUACUCCUACAUCAUGCCCAGCAGUUGUUCGAAUUUGGCGACAAAUACAGAGGAAGCUAUGACAGCAGUAUUGGAGCCGUGAAGACAUACUAUUCGUCGGUGAGCGGUUACAAAGACGAGUUGUUAUGGGCUGCCGUGUGGCUUUACCAGGCCACCGACAACAAAGAUUAUCUCAAGUAUGUCAUCGACAAAGCUCAUUGUUUUGGUGGGAUCAGUUGGGCCAUCACCGAGUUCAGUUGGGACGUUAAGUACGCUGGUGUUCAGAUCAUCGCUUCCAAGCUGCUGAUGGAAAGUAGACACACAGUUACAGAGCACGCUCACAUACUCGGGCAGUAUCGCUCCAAGGCCGAACAUUAUCUCUGUGCGUGCCUGAACAAGACCACGGUGGAGAACGUCGACCGUACCCCAGGAGGUCUCUUAUAUAUCCGUCAAUGGAACAAUAUGCAAUAUGUGUCGACGGCAGCCUUCCUUCUCACCGUUUACUCCGACUACCUGCAACGCUACUCCGACCAAAAGCUUAACUGCCCAGGAGGAGAGGUGGGGCCCCGAGAGAUUCUCGACUUCGCCAUAUCUCAAGUUGACUACAUUUUGGGCUCUAAUCCGAUGGGCAUGAGCUAUUUAGUGGGCUAUGGCCCAAAGUACCCCAGGAGGGUACACCAUAGAGGGGCAUCGAUUGUAUCAUACAGAGAGAGCAAGGGGUUUAUUGGGUGCACGCAAGGGUAUGACAACUGGUAUGGGCGGGAUGAAGCCAACCCCAAUGUCCUAGUGGGGGCCCUCGUUGGUGGGCCCGAUUGCCAGGAUAAUUUUAGGGACCGAAGGAGCAAUUUUAUGCAGACCGAGGCCUGUACUUAUAAUACUGCUCCCUUGGUUGGGCUUUUCGCAAAAUAUCACCAGUUACAAUCAGGAGUUCAAAACCUCUCCAACACUCCAUCUCCUUUAAUUGCUUCUUACUGAAACCAAACGAAACUGGGGUAUAUAUAUAUAGGAGUUUCUGUAAAUUGUUUUAUUUUAUUUUUUUGUUGCCAGAAUUAAGAAUCUCCACCCCAAUGUGUACCUUUAUUCUUAUAUAAUUAAUAAUAUAUAGA